AAUAGAAGUAAAACAAGUAAAGGGCCUUGCAAAUGCAUUUAUGUACAUACAUCUGUACAUACAUAUGUAGAUAUUCAUAUGGGCAGUUUGGUAAUUGAUUUUUGGUGAAUCACAUGGGCUUGUCCAUUAUCAAGGACGGGUCUUAUCAUUCUCCACACUACCUGGACUUAUCAGCAACAUAUUAUUAGUGGUUAUCACCAACAUGCAUUGCAGAUUACUUCGGCUAAUAACAUUUUCUGGGUCAAUUUCCGUUGCCUCUAUAAAAUUUUGGACUAACAGACUAUUUGCGGCAUAUAUUGAUUUCGGGGAAUUGGCCAUAUAGAUGGAAACAUACUUCAAGUGCCCAUGGUGGUAAAAAAAUAAUUAUCUUGAGAUAGUAUCUAUAUACUGUACACGACUUAUUAAUAGUUUAAAGAAAACAAAGGUUGUUUUGAAUCUAGAUGUAUAGGAUUCUUUUCAUAUCCGGGUCUUGUACUUGUAUAUACUGUACAUGACUUAUUAAUAGUUUAAAGAAAUCAAAGGUGGUAUUGAAUCUAGGUGUAUAGAAUUCUUUUCAUAUCCGGGUCUUGUUCCCUUUAUCUGAGAGAUUACUGUAUGUUUGAAUGCCUGGCGUAAUUUUUGUUUGAUCAGUUGGUGGCUCUUUGAACUCGAUAUUUCGUUUUGACUUUAUUUCUCAUUUGGAACUCUGUCAUCAAAGUGUGAAGUGUGAUAAAAAUGACAUCGUCUUGGACUAAGCUGCCUUGGUCCUCCAGCCAGGUGCCGCCCAGUCAAGUGAUUCUGACCAUUUUCCUGUGCUUAGCCAUCUUUUUUGGCCUGGUUAAGCUCGUCGCCAUUCCGCUGCGCAUCGAUGACUUUGACAGCUUCAGACCAAAUCUCACUGAGGAUGUGCAGUCACCAGAUACCAGGUCAAGGAUUUGGAAAAUCUGAGAUAGACCCCUGAGCCCGGCCAGCAAUCAUCUGCGUUCUGUGGCAAUGUGGGAAUGCGAUGCCAGGUUGUGUGGGUGGCACAUCGGAGACCAAAGCUUGGCGCUGCGCUUUGCAAUUGCAAUUGUAAUUGCAAAUUAAUUAAAUUUAAGCAUGAACAACAUGUCAGACGGCCCUAGCGCCGUUCAAAUCCAAUUUACGAUGGGAAUUAAACGCAAUUUAACAGCGUAUUUGCUUAUCAUUGUAGUCUACUGAGCAGAUUCGAACGCUUUUUGAACGCCCGAUUUGCGUGGAGUGAAUAACAAACAAAAGUUUGCGAGUUUGCGAAUCGCGGCAAAUAUUGUGUCUACAAAUGUUCUAAUAUUAGAUCCAUUGCCAAUCCAAAACUAUUCCCAUGCAGUGCAGCGGCCAAUUGAAAAAUUACUAGACGAGCAAAAAAGAAAAUUAUAUAAUCACAUGUUGUUCAGUAGCACGAAUAUGAACGUGUGUAUAAUUCAUCCAGCAAUUCUGGCCUAGCAAUUCUAUUUUAGUGAUCUAUUUGAUAUCCAUGGUGAUUAGCUUUAUUCGUGCAAUUACGUUUUUGAGUAGUUAUCUUUGAAAAUUCGGAUUUUGUGGCGCACUCAGAUAACGCCAAAGAUAAUAAAACAUUAUAACACCAGACUGUCUCGUGAAAAAGGUAGCAGCUUGCGAAGAUAAUAACAACAAAAUAUAUUUUGUGACAUUGUAAAGCUUAAGAAAUUCUCGAAAUGAAUGUGUGUAGAACCCUUGACAUAAAAUGUUUUCCUCACCGUAACUUGAAUAGAUAAGAGCAACUAUGUUUUGCCUAAAAGUCGACCUAUGUAGUUUAAAUAGUUACUAACUAUAUAUAAUUUUAAGUUCCGAAGCUACUUUAAAGAGCUACAUUCAAAUAUGUUAAAUAAAAUUGAUUUUCUAAACUAAUUAAGCGAAAGCGCGCAAUGGAGCAUCUGUUAAUAGAAAUUAAGCUAAACUAAAUUUAUUAUUAUGUCAUUCAGUUAAUAGAGUGUUUUUUUUGCUGUCCUAUACUCAGACUAGCGUGACAGUCUAUUCAUCGUACUUCAACAAAUGAAAACAGAAAGACCAGUAACCAAAACCAAAACCGAAACCGAAACCAAACCAAUUGUACAAUUGUUUUGUUUGGCCGCUGUUCAUCUGCGGUCAAUAAAAUCAGCCACGCUCUGCGAUCCCGCAAAUAUUUCAAUUCA